UUUUUCUGGUUGGCGGAAAGAAACGAAGUGAACAUUGCGAAACUCAGAAUCCCAACUCAGGGCUAACCUAGACAGACUUGUUCAUUUCUGACGAGAUUUUUCCGGUGGAGAUGCAUUCAUCCACAACCAACACUCCGCCUUUUCCUCUCUAAAGGUAUUUUCUUUCCUUUUUCUCUCCACCACCUUCAUUUUUUCCCCAUAUGAAAUACAAUGCCUUCCUCGGUCUUCAUUCAACUCUGGAAUUUGAGUUUUCUUCUUCUCUUGUUUGUGUCUGGCUUCGCAUAUUUUGUUCAUCAUUGUCCAGAUUGCGCAUACUUGUUUUGUUACAAUAUUGAUCGUUGAGGAAAACCCCGCUUUGACACUUUUGAGUUUGAAGGCGGGAUUUUGAGCGAAAAGAUUUGGUUUUUGCUCAGAAAUUACGAGUUUGAUGGAUGCAUUCAUGAGUGAAAUCCUGUCUCCGACGCGACCCAGAUGGCGAAAAGUGGCGUAUGGAGGGAUGCAACCUGGGUUUGAUGACAAUCACACGGAUGACUCUUUUCUUGAAGAUAUGGUUAUGAAUGCCAAUGUUGUUAAGAGGGACAUUCUUAAAGUCAUGCUGGAUUCCGUUUCGAUAUCUCAGUACCUCUGCAUUGUUGCUCUUGUUGGUUUGGUUUGGACAUACACUCUCAGAUCGAUUCUUAAUGAGAAUUCGCUCUUGCUUCUCGAUGUCACGCUUCUUGGAUUGGGGUUUCUUGUUCUCCUUUUAACUAAAGAAAUGCUUUCCUUUAGUCUCUUCUUUCGUUACUUGCUCAAUAUCUCCUUUUUCAUCAGUGGCUUAUAUGUUUUAGCUCCCAUCUAUCAAACGCUCACCACUUCCAUCAGCUCAAACUCCAUUUGGGCAGUAACAGUGUCACUCAUUGUGCUCCAUCUCUUCCUCCAUGACUAUUCGGGGUCCACCGUAAGAGCUCCCGGGGCUCUACACAAUCCAACCUUGACGAGUUGCAUCUCUUUGAAUGCUUCAGUUGUGGCCUCGGUAUUCAUUGCUUCGUGCCUUCGGUCAAGGCUGCUUGUUUUCGCUAUCAUGCUUUUCUCUUUGCAAGUUUUCCUUUUCGCUCCCUUGGUUACUUACUGUAUCAAGAAGUAUUCCUUCUGUCUGCACCUUUGGUUUUCUUUUGGUCUGAUGAUUGCGACCUUGACUCUUGUUUAUACCUUGCAUCUGUUACUUUUUGUGAUGUUGUUAGGGUUGUUGAUUUUUGUAACUGUGGUUUGUCCGUAUUGGCUUAUACGGAUGCAAGAAUACAAGUUUGAGAUCAAUGGUCCUUGGGAUGAGGCUAAACUUUGUUUUGAUAUAACUGAUUGAGACUUUUGUGCUGUGUUUCUGAUAGCUUUUGAAGAUCAAUAAAGGAAGCAAUUGACUCAUUAUUUUCAGCCAUUUUAAUUUGCAUAGCAACAUGCAUUCUACCA